AUGUCGCAACUCCCACCUUUCCUUCCAAGUCGAGAUCUUCGAGACUUGCGGGCGCUCGACCUGACCUCGCCCGAAUGUCUCGAUGCUGUUCGGAGCAAUCUUGAUAGCCUAGCUAUCCUACUUGGUGCGAGCGGUGGUCAAAUCAUCCACGCACCACCGAAACUUGAGCAAGUCUACGAGCAGGACAGCUGCUUACACGAGCCAGCUGUGGAGCAUCCGCCAAGGGAGGUCGACUCAUUUGAAAAGAGCUAUCUUACACGAUGGCUCACCAGGCUUAUUUCCGAGCUCUUGUCCAUCUCGACCGACGAUGACGCGACCACCGCUAGCUUGCAACGCCUCUCAGAGCGAUGUGCCGAGCUGCUUGCCCUCUCCGCCGGUAGGAUGGCCGCAGGUGCAUCGGUGCAGGACCACAUCUUCCAGCUUGACGACCAGACCCUGAGUGUCAAGUUAAGAGAUGGUGCGCUUGUGCAUGAUUCGCUUGGCACACAUACAUGGGGAGCUGCUCCUAUCCUCUCGCAGCUCCUUCUCCCUCUGAAAGCAGAUACUUGUCAAGACCUAAACAUUCUCGAGCUUGGUGCUGGCACCGGCCUGGUCGGCUUGGCGAUAGCAUUGUGGUCUCGCCAACAUCGAACCGAGAGCGCGACCCGCUUAGUCUGCUCUGACUACCAUCCCACAGUCCUCGAAAAUCUUGCACACAAUCUUGCACUCAAUGGCUGGCCAUCUUCAGGCAAGACAGCCUCUUCAUCCGCGUCUGUUGAAGUGAUUGUACGCUCUCUCGACUGGCAGAGCGUCCACGGAGCACAGUAUGGAGAUGCAUCGGAUCAAGUGCAGAAGCUAACCUCCCAAACAUUGCCUAGUCACCUUGCUCAGCUCAAGAAUUGCCACUGGGCCGCACCUUUGGACGCAGAGACGUACUCUGGCUCUUUCGACCUCCUUGUUGCAGCAGAUUGCAUCUACGAUCCUCUCCAUCCCUUCUGGAUCCGCUCAGUGGCACAAAAGCUCCUAAGGAUGCCAGACAGCGCAGCUAGAGCGAAGCCGUUGCUGCAUGUCAUGGUUCCGCUCCGACCAACGCAUCAGCAAGAGAUGGAAGCCGUCUAUCAAGCCUUCCAGCCAGAGCUAGAUGAAGAUUGUCCUCAGCUCGUCAUCUUGUCCGAACAGGACUACCAAGGGUACGAGAACUUUGGAGCAUGGAACUCUGUUGUCAGAGGCGGCGACGAUACAUCCCAAAGCCAACCCGAGGGUGGUCUACCAAGAACGUAUCGUUGGUUCCAGAUAGGCUGGCAGAGCUGA